AUGGAGGAUUUGCAGCUGGACACCUGUACGUUUGCCCAUAUCAUGGGCCAAACCCUGGCCAUUCUACACUGGAAAGCCGGCGUUGAUGGGAACGACAUCGAGUUCAUCUUCGGUAGUUCCCCCUUAUUGUCUCAAAUGCCGCGGUCAGAUGAGAUUGCGGAAGAGGACGAGUGGUCGCUAGGAGAUCGGUGCGCAAAGUUCAAGGAGAACCCUACAGGUCUGAAACAAAUCGUGGACGCUUUUACCUGGAAUGACCCCUACUACCCAUCACCCGAGUUGACCACUGCUAAGGAUAACAAGCUUUGGUCCGAGUUUCGCAAACAGUACCUUGAGGUUAGCCGUGUUCUGACUACGAGCGCAAUUCCUGGGCGUUUCAUUGCCGAGAUUGAGAAACGAGGACGUAAGGCAAAUGUUGGGGAGCUUUUCUGA